UGCCCUCGAAGCAGAAACAUCACGAAGAAUACCAAACGUCUACCAAAUCUUACCAUACAAGUCAUAACUCGCAGCCAAAUAGAUUUUCGUUUCCUCUCCAUCAUGAUACCGUUCAAUCCAAAGCCAAACGGUAUGCUCAAGCAUACCGCCGUACUAAUGAUCAUACUGUGUAUUUCUCAGAACUGUUUGGGACUGUUGGAAGACCCAAACAGGGAACGUUUCCAGGAGCGCCAAUCACUUGCCGAUGAUAAAUUUGGACGAGAAUCUUUAAAAUCUUCGCCGUACAUCCGAGAUGUUCGAGCUGAUUCCCGACAGUCCAGAAUCGACGCCAGUGACAUCCGGACGGACUUUCGGGAAAUCAGGACUGAAUUGCACGACGGAUUUUCCAGAGAUUUGGUCCGAGUUGAUGCGAGAUGGGAGUCCAGAGGAACUGACCAGGUGAGGGAUUUGGAAAACGCACAAUUAAGGACCAGAACCAACCAAGAUAGGGAAAAUACUAGGCAAACGGGUCGCGUUGAUGAAAGAAGCUUUAGGGAACAAACACGGGUGCGGAGCUCCGAAAAUCCAGAAGCUGAUAGAGUAGCGGAACGUUUCACUCCAGCGCAACUCCAUUCUGCACAGAGGAGAUAUUCUGAUAAUCCUCUAUCAAGAACUUCAGCGUCGAGAUGCAACAGAAGAAUGAGCUUUGAAGAAACACAGCCAACAACCAGCGAUCGUCGGCGGCAAUUUGGAGAUAGAAGCGCGGAAACUCCAGAAAGACGCCUCCGAUCAGCCGAGGACAGAACAACGGAAACCCGCUCAUCUUCCAGAAGAGUUUCAGAACGCCAAGAAGAUUCCAACCGACGAAUUCGAAAUAGGUCUGAAAGAUCUACAACCAACUUCAGGCAUCUGGAAAGAUUGAGCCAAAAAACCGACAAGAACCGACGUGAUCAGCAAAGAACGCUUCAACGUGACAACACUGAUAUCUUAAAUGUUAGAGAUCUGGAGAGAACCCGUAGAAUCAUUCAUAUUCAUGGUGCAAAUGUCGAGCAUCGAGAUAGCACUUUUGGUGAACGACAACAAAGAGCGUUUAGACACCGAGAAGAAUCCCGGCAAAAUUCGCCCGAUUUUGAAAAAGCCAGAAUAUUGAUGAAUCAAAGACGAGUUCGGGAGAUAAAUUUACAACGCGCUCGAAAUUUAGAAUCCAUGCGAUUUGCUAAUCGCAAUGCCAACCUGCAAGAAAGACGAUUUGUUCAAGUCCAUAGGCGCCAACGCCUGAACAGCAUUGAGAGGGACAAUCGCGUUCGAGAUUUAAAUGAAGAAUCUCGUGUGAAACACCGUCGAACUUCACUGAACGAACAAAGCAGGGAAAGCGGCAGAACAGCUGAAGGAAGAAUAAAUUCCAGUGGCAGAUUUGCAGGAAACCGAAUAUUUGAACCCAUCAGCAGCCCUAAUGUUGAACGAGAAGAAAACAGGGAACGAGUUGUUGGUAACAUCAGAGCCCAAUCUGAAGAAGCCACAGUUUACUCCAAAGCUCGCCAUAAUCAGAUCAACACACCUUCCAGGGAAAGGAGAGUCGUUGAAAAUGUUGCCACUGAAACCAAGCCCAGAAGCAGCAUGUUGGUUGGUUACAAUCGGAUUGUUUCAGACUCUCCCGAUGCGAACAAGUUGGUGGAUUUACCAGCGCGAAAUGGAAAGUACAGCAACACUUGGGUGAAUGUCGCUGAAACUCUUCUAGUCCUGGCCCUAAUUGGGCAAGUAAUUGGCGGAACUUCCAAAGGAAAGUUCAGGUGCUUGUCGUGGCAGGGACUGCUCCCCAAGCAAAAGGUGUUGUAAAAAUGCACUCAAACACGAUUUAAACUUUUUAUGACGACUUCUGGCAAAGCUUCACGGUACCUUUUCGAGUAGCUUACUCUAGAUUAAUAAGCUUAGAUGUUUAUGGCAAAUACCAACAUAUUAAUGUUAGUUGAGUAGGACAAUAUCUAUAUGAAUGUAUUUACUUUAGGAAAACCUUCACAUUGUUUUAAUUUAAGGAUAUGGAUUGUUUAUUGGAUCUGUAGUAUUGGCGACUUCUAGCUGUUUUCGCCUUAGAUGAAGUAUGAAAGCUAAUGGUGUUGGCUGUAGGUCACAGUCUUAUAUGAAAUAAAAUGCUUAAAAACCA